AAAGCCAAGAGCCGAGAGCGCCGCGGCUGGGGCAGCGGGGCCAGUGGAGUCGGGCCAUGGAGAAGGUGCGGCCGCAAUGGGGCCACCAGCGGCAGUUCGUGUUGGCUUGCAUCUCUUACGCCGUGGGCCUGGGCAAUGUGUGGCGCUUCCCCUACCUGUGCCAGCUGUACGGCGGAGGUAGCUUCCUGGUCCCCUACCUCAUCAUGCUCUUCGUGGAGGGAAUGCCACUCUUGUACAUGGAGCUGGCCGUGGGGCAGCGCAUGCGGCAGGGCAGCAUCGGUGCCUGGAGGACCAUCAGCCCCUACCUCAGCGGUGUCGGCAUCGCCAGCGUGGUGGUCUCCUUCUUUGGGACCAUCUACUACAACGUCAUCAACGCCUGGAGCUUCUGGUACCUCUUCCACUCCUUCCAGGACCCGCUGCCGUGGUCUGUCUGCCCACUGAACGGGAACCACACGGGCUACGAGGAGGAGUGUGAGAAGGCUUCCUCGACGCAGUACUUCUGGUACAGGAAGACCCUCAACAUCUCCCCGUCCAUCCAGGAGACCGGGGGUGUGCAGUGGGAGCCGGCGCUGUGCCUCAUCCUGGCCUGGCUGAUGGUGUAUCUGUGUAUCCUGCGGGGCACCGAGUCGACGGGCAAGGUGGUGUAUUUCACGGCGUUGCUGCCCUACUGUGUGCUCAUCAUCUACCUGAUCAGGGGCCUCACGCUCCAUGGAGCUACCAACGGGCUGAUGUACAUGUUCACGCCCAAGAUCGAGCAGCUGGCCAACCCCAAGACCUGGGUCAAUGCGGCCACACAGAUCUUCUUCUCGCUCGGCCUGGGCUUCGGCAGCCUGAUCGCCUUCGCCAGUUACAACGAGCCCAGCAGUAACUGCCAGAAGCACGCCAUCACCGUGUCCCUCAUCAACAGCUCCACCUCCAUAUUCGCCAGCAUCGUCACCUUCUCCAUCUACGGCUUCAAGGCCACCUUUAACUACGAAAGCUGCUUAAACAAGGUGAUUCUGCUGCUGACCAACUCUUUCGACCUUGAAGAUGGCUCUGUGACAGCCAGCAACCUGGAGCAGGUGAAGGACUACCUGGCGUCCACCGAUCCGAGCAGAUACAGCGAGGUGGUCCCACUCAUUAAAAACUGCAGCUUGGAGUCAGAGCUGGACACGGCUGUCCAGGGCACUGGCCUGGCCUUCAUCGUCUACACUGAGGCCAUUAAAAACAUGGAGGUGUCCCAGCUGUGGUCCGUCCUCUACUUCUUCAUGCUGCUGGUACUGGGCAUUGGGAGCAUGCUGGGAAACACGGCAGCUAUCCUCACCCCUCUGACUGACAGCAAGGUCAUUACCAGCCACCUGCCCAAGGAGGCCAUCUCAGGUCUGCUGUGCCUCAUCAGCUGUGCCGUCGGCUUGGUGUUCACCAUGGAGGCCGGGAACUACUGGUUUGACAUAUUCAAUGACUAUGCGGCCACGCUGUCCCUGCUGCUCAUCGUCCUGGUGGAGACGAUCGCCUUGUGUUACGUGUACGGGCUGAGGAGAUUUGAAAAUGAACUUCAGGCCAUGACUGGCAGAGCCCUCAACUGGUACUGGAAGGCCAUGUGGGCCUGUGUGAGCCCGCUGCUCAUCAUCGGUCUCUUAUUCUUCUACCUGAGUGACUACAUCAUCACAGGGACCCUGCAGUACCAAGCCUGGGAUGCCACCCAGGGUCAGCUGGUGACCAAGGAUUACCCGGCAUAUGCUCUAGCUGUUAUUGGGCUGCUUGUGGCAUCCUCCACUAUGUGCAUCCCCCUGGUGGCCCUGGGGACUUUCAUCAUGCAUCGCUAUAAGAGGGGAGACACAGCCCCCGUGGCCUGAGAACUGGACCUCCCAGAGACGCCCCGUGUCACAGCUGCUGCAACUGGUGGAAGCGCCUUGGCUGCUUUUAAAAUACUUCGGCCUCCAGGAUUCACUCCCAGCCUCCAGAGAUGACACAAAAUUCAGAAGCCGCGGAGGAGGAAGAUUCCCUGGGAAGAAAGCAGGCUGCUCACAAAACCAGCCUCCACCCUUUGCAGGCCCCGAAGGCCACAGCAUGCUGCUUCCUUGUCACCAAGGUUAAGGCUAGGCUUGAAGAUAAUUGUUUCCUUGAUUCUACAAAGUCCUAGGAGUAAGGCACACUGUGAGUUGAAAUUUUACCAUCAUUCUUUGGGAUCCAAAUAUAAGCAAUUUGGUUUUUUGCUGAGGAGACACCAAAAUAUUAGAGAACAAUACUUUUACUUCAGUUGGAGGAGUUUUGAAGUACCUAAGGUGCCACAUUUGAAUACUGUCAGUGUUUAAUUACGCUUUUGUUUUGUUUUACUCAGUGAACAUGUGACUUCUGUGUUCCCUGUCCACUUUUUACAUGUGAAGAAGACUGACUGGCCAUCGAGAGAGACCUUUACUGGGCCCCAAAGGCAAUCACCUGUCUCUCAUCUAAGGUCUCUCACAGUGGUCCAGGAAUAGCCCUCUUUACAAAAACUGCCCCAAGUACAGUUUGCAACCCCCAAAUCCCUGAGGAAUAUGAAUAGAUAUCCCAUUCAUGGUGUCUUAGUGCCUUAGAAAAGGUUCCAGAAAUUACUGUGAAGAUGAAGAGUAAAUUUAACUUUCCCAUAUAUUUAAAAUGAUAUUUGGGCAUAACAACUCUAUAAAGAAAACAAACAUCAAUUACAGUGUUUAUUUAUCUGCACAUAAGAAAGUUUUCUAAAAUGUACGUAAUUUAAACAGCAUCUUAUUACUGAAGAUACACCAUAGUAUGAUUAUAGCAUUAGCCCACCAUGUGAAUCUAUUUUACUCUAAUAAAGUAGGUUAACAUUA